AUGACGGAUCAGUCCGAACAGGGCCACAACGUCCCGUGGAGAGAUGAAAAUAAAGAAAACAAGAACAGAAUGAACAGCAUGUUCCCUGGAGAGAACGCCAUGAGGUCUUUGAUUUGCCAUAAUUCCUGGAUCAGUUCUUCUGAGUUUAGAGGUUUGCCGGACUGUAUUCAGUGUGACACACAGUCAAGAUGGCUGCUUCCAGCAGUGUGUUGUGUUUCGGUCGCUAGUUCGGAUUUGUGUGUGUGUGUGUGUGGUUAUUGUUUGGUGUUUGUGCGGUGUGACUCGGCGGUGUGUGUAAUUGUGGUUAUGGCCGCUAUUCGAGGGUUUUAUCGCUCUGUCCGUCUGCUGUUCGGACAGAAACACACCGAGACCCCAAGCUGGGACAUCACAGCGCGGAGUUGGAGUCGAGCUGCAGCUGAUCCAGAGCCGCUGAUCAGCCACGGUGAAGAUGUGAAUCAGAUGUUUGUGAACCGAAACCCGAGAAAUCUGGAACAGAUGGCCAUCGCUGUGAAGGACAGGGGCUGGACCACCGUCUGGCCCAAGAGAGAGUACUACCACAGGUUGGUGUUGAAGCGCUCGCAGCAUCACGUAACAGCAGUGGUGUUUUCGCGAGACUCGGACGUCCCCGUGCUCACGUGCUCCACCCAGGAGUGGGCUCUGAAGAAGCAGCUGAGCUCCACGAGCUCGGUGGCGGCGUGUCGCGCUGUGGGAGACGUUCUGGCUCAGCGGUGCUGCGAGGCCGGAAUCACACGACUCUUUUACCGAGAGGUUCCCUGGACCUUCCGCUCCGAUGCCGUCCAGACGUUUUGGACGGCUAUGAAAGAGGGGGGCGUGGUGCUCAGCGAACCGAGGCGUAAAUUUAUUUAAUAUAGAUUUUUUUUCUCUCUUUUUAUAAUUGACCUGAAGCUCUGAAUAAAGAUCUGAAUAAA